AUCUUUACCACUUUUAAUGUAAUUAUGCAUGGCAUGAUUUAUACGUAUUUAUAGCUAUUAUUAUUUAUAAAUCUACAGAAUCAGCGAAUUACUGAAAAACGGCGGAACUGAGACAAAGAAAGCUCAAGUGUGUCUAUAAAGCUUCAAUAUAAUGGCUACUGGGCAAGACUCCGGGUUAGUGCCAUGGAAUCGCAAGAAACUUGAACUCAAGACCCCAGAGAGGAGAACUAUACGUGCUCAAGAGCAGCUGGCCGUGGAUCUGUGGGAGGCUGCUAGAGUUAAUGAUGUCAUCAAAGUGAGAUCCCUGUUGGGACAGGGGGCCAACCCCAAUCACCAGCUGUAUUGGAGUAAGGAUUGGUAUCAAUUUUCUAAGAAGAAUAGACGCCCUCCAGUAAACCAAGCAUGCUAUCAGGGCUACCUGGAAAUCACUAGAGCACUCGUUAGUGGUGGAGCUGAUAUAGAGAAAGGUGACGAACAAUGGGGUAUGAAUGCACUGCACUAUGCGUGUUGGGGAGGACAUAUGGAGACUGUGGUGUACCUUUCACAAGUUGUAAAAUGUCAUGUUGAUGCGAGGGACGAGGGUUACCAAACACCACUUCACUUGGCUUGUAGGGGAGGAAGUAUACUUAUUGUGAAGUACCUAGUGGAGGAGUGCAAGGUUGAUGUUGAUGUGAAGGACGAGAACAACCGAACACCACUCCACUUUGCUUGUCUGAGUGGAAAUAUAAAAGUUGUGAAGUACUUAGUGGAGGAGUGCAGGUGCGAUGUGGAUGUGACUGAAGAUGAUGGCGAGACUCCUCUUGACACAGCUAUAGAUAGGGAUUACACUGAAGUUGUUAACUAUCUCAAGUCUGUACAGAAACCUUCCACUCUUGAACCAGUCAAUGUUCAAAACCGAACCUACUUGAAAAAACUGGAUGAGCUGAUAGCCGACACAAACAACACCAUUGAGUUACGUUAUCUCAAGACGCACUUCAUUGGUCCCUCGGAUCUUGGCAAAACGACCACUCGACAGCGGCUUGUUGGAUCCAUUACUAACCUGUCUUUGCUGCCCAAAGAUCAAAGGAAACGUUGCAGUACCUUACUAGCCGAGUGUGAACAAGUAUUGGCCUUUGUGGACAAAUCUGGAACAAAGCUUGAAUUCAAAGCAUCUUCAAAUCUAGAGGAAGAAACACAGUUUAUCUUCUCUUACCUUAUGUCCUGUGAACCUAUUGAAGACAGCACUGUCGGCAAUACUAGUCCACUUAAGAAACAGCCCACAAAAGAAACCACUGACCAAAAUAAUCAAACUCAACUCAAGAUCGAUGAAGCUGCUACUGCACCCCAAAAAAUGGGGCCAACACCAGAACCGGAAAAGACGACCACUGUAGAUGUUGGAAAGGUUGUCUCGAGACUCCAGCACUGAAAAAACAACUGGGUUAGUUUAACCUUAAUGGGUAAAUGUACCUUUCAACCAAAGGGUUAAAAAAACCAGCGAAUAGUAAAGUAACAUUUUGGAGUUUUUUCAACUGUAAUAGAUUAAAACUACUGUAGUUGUCAAAAGUACCUUACUCGUACAGUAAAAACUUCCAGCACCGUGUUAAAACAACCAUUUGUGAUUGGUAAUAAAAAUGUAAAGGGUUAAAACUUCCACAAUGGUCAAAUCACUUCUCCUCAUGCAGUAAAAACUCUAUAAUUGUGUCAAAAUAACCAUUUGUGGUAGGUAAUAAAUAUAUAAUUGGUUAAAACUACUGGUGUGGUCAAUUCCUUUACUCAUGCAGUAAAUCCUCCAGCACUGUGUCAAAACAACCAUAAAUGUUCUGAUAAUUAUGAAAUUAUGACAUAAAAAAGUGUUUCAAUGUGAUAUAGCGAAGUCCAUCCGAGAGUAUGUGACUGUGAUACACAUUUCUAUCCAAUAAUUUGGUAUAGAUGGAUUGCUGGGAUGUUAUUUUAAUGACAUAAGCAUGAUAAUGAUUAUCGAAGUACAGCAUAUCACACAACCUGACAAGAAAAAAAAGCAGAUCACCACCAACUACUAUCAAUUCGUCGAUGUAAGCAAAACAGGGAUCAAGGCCAUCAGUUCCUACAAUAAUGUAAGCAUUGUUGCUUUUGUAUUGAACUCUAUCUUGACGAACCCAAUUAGGACGAUGCAGCACUGUAUCCAUAGUAAUAUUAGGCACUUCCCUAAUUAUGUGAUCUUGAAUGUCUGAUCUUUCAUUUUUAAACAAAGUCGGCGAUUUUGCAGGACCACAUUCGAAAGAAGAACAAAUAAGUCUAGAUGUAGACAUUUCGUAACACAUUAAUCUUUGGUGAUGAUUGGCUAAUGAUAGUGUAAUGUUUUUGAAGCUAGAUGUAAUAGUCGCUUUUUUGAAAAAAUAUAGCUUUGCUUCAUGGCGAAUAGUCCAGCUUCUGACCAUUGGACCAAUUUGUAGGAUUUGGGCAGGGUAAUGCAGAAGGAAGUGCAUUUUUGGAAUGAAGCGUCCUGUGUACAAGGUGAUGAAUGCUGUAUGGUGCUCUUCAAUCAGAAUCCUCAGACUGAAUGCUGUGUUUUCUGAUGCACACGGACAAAGCACGAUGUCCACGAUCUUUCGCAAAAGUAAAAAACACUUCCAAUAACCAUCCCCCUCAGGUAUCUUAUCACCAAUAAGGAAAGGUAAGAUAUAUAGCAACAAUAACAUUUGAGAUGAAGAGCUACGCAGUGAUCUGUCAGUUUGAAAGUGACUACUCGUAAUAGGUAUUGGUUUAUCGCAAUCAGAAUAACCGUAGUUAAAAUCAACUAGUCUUUUGUUGUACUGGUCAAGAGUUAAUAACUUUUCAGAUAUACAGUGUUUCAGCAAAAGCUUGAUUUCCAUUGGUGCAAUACCUUCAAGAAUGUCAUGCAUGAUGUCAUGCGGCAAUCCACCACCGAACAUAGAGAAAUGAGUGACAUUUAGUAAUGCUGAUCUGCGGUUUAUACCAUAUGUUUUUGAAUAAUGACUCCUUGUUGGCCCUACUAAUUGCUUGCACUGCUCUUCGUGAAGUGCAAGACUUCGAUCUACCAAGCCAACACAUGUAACAUACUGUGACAUCUCAUCAUUUUUUAGCAAACAAGUUCGACAGAAACGAAACGAGAAGGAAAAAGAAAGCUUGAAUCCACCUAGUUCAUUACUUGCAAGAUUGUCAGCCAAAAACGUAAGCAAAGCACCCUUAAAUACACGCUCAGUCCCAUUUACAAGUACACUAAUGCCAGUAGUUGCUAACACAUUCAAAUCACGAAUAAAUGGUUCCAUGAUAACAUCUAGCCCAUGCUCUUCUAAAACAGGCUUUGAACAAACAAUCACCAAAUUCAUAGCUCUCAGUGACGACCGAAAUUUAGGAUGAAUGUUUCCCAAUGAAAAGAAAAAAAUACCCACUUUAUGCUUCUUGAUAUGCGAUCCCAAGGGAUUACAAAUUUCCAAUUCGUCAAAAUAUGCAAUAAUUUGUAAGGCAUAUGGAUCACUUGAGAAUAAAGGAUGACUCUUGAACAAAUUUCCAUCACAAAAAUCUUCAAAUAUACCAUCAUUACGAACUCGUAACGGAAAAUCAUCUAUUUGCUCUAUAACGGUAGGGUCUUCUAGAAGGCUCUUGAGAGUUGGUAAAAGGGGAACGUAAUGAUAUGAACUAUACCUAGAGACAAAGCGAGACUUUUCCCCUGUGAAUUGUCUGACAUACUUUGGCGUCCCAACUUGCACUUCCACUGGUUCCUGCAUGUAGUUUGAGUGAUGCACUUAUAUAGUAUUAGCAGUCAAUUACUGAUUGCACAUAAUGAGUGCAGAUAUACAUACAUAAUUAUUACAAGGGUAUUAUGUAUAAUUAACACUUACAAUAAAGUUAAGCUGUUCUUUGAAAUACUUGUCCUGCUUAUAUUUUGUUUCAAGUCCAGUGAAGGGAUGACCUAUACCAUUAAGAGGAGUGUCGAAAUCAAAGUCAUUAGGGUCUAAUCCCUUAUCUGCCAGUUGAGAACGAAUGCCAGCAAGUAUCAUUGAUACGGUUUCAUCAUAUUGGGUUAUGCUGCUGUCAAUCAUAUCAUUGACUGCUACUUGAGACACAUUUCGUGUUUCCUUUAGCUUGAGAAUUAGUAGGGCACUAGAACGGCAUCGAAUUUUUGUGUCUGUUCCAGUAAGCCGAUUAAUGUCACUAGAAACAAACUCUGCAGACGAACAAUCAUACUGUUAGGUGUAAUAGCUUCGCAGCCACAACAUAUCUACACUGUACACACCUGGAAGAGGAGUCAUUCCACUGUGAUCAUCACCACUGAUCUCAGGCUCUGUUUGUGGAAGGAGUUGGGGGGUCUUACGUCUGAUACAAAACUCUGGAUGACGCCUGUAAACAUGGGAGUAUAGGGCAGAAAAACUUUUUGAAGUUACGGUGCAGCCAUUGAUUCCACAGGUAACGAGAAACCUAGGAUCAUUAGAAUGAACCAAUCGUAGAUGGCUUAGUAGCAGAGCAAUAGUUGGUGGUUCGAAUGAACACAAAGGACAGUGUUUUUGCCUCAAACUUGACAUUGAAAAAUCAUGUGCUAAUUUAGGAGGGUUAAUUAAACCUCCUCUGGGUUAGGUAACCUAUGGUUAAGGGUUAGGGUAACCUAGGGUAGGGUUAGUAUAACCUAGGGUUAGGGUUAAAUUCAUAUCAUGUGAUUCUGGUUCAGGUGAUCCAGAGUGCAUGUGAGCUCUUCACAAACAUGUGCUAAAGUCCAACUUCUGUUUAAAGUUAGUACUUUUUGCUUCUUCUCUCAAACCCUAACCCUAUAUAGAUCUAUCUAGCUAUAUAUUUAUACUGUUAAAAGGAAAGCAAGUACUAGGACAUCCUUUUGAUGAGAACAUGAGUUCAAUGUCCGUGGAAGCGAUGAAGGUGGAUGAAGUUUCCCAGAUGCUGAAAGACAAGGGUGUUCCUGACAAGUUUUGUGAAGUGUUUGAAG